AUGUAUGCAUUUUCACAGCUGCAUAAGGUCUUGUGGGGAGAGGAAGGUUUCCUAGAAUUGCUGAGUUGUGAGGGACUCUGGUCCCACCCCCUGCAGUGCAGGAAACGUUUGGCCAAUGUGGGGUUCAAACUCACAACCCUCAUGCUCUGCCAAAUCAGACAUCUCAAACGGAAAACAAGAUUGAAGGUGAGAAAAUUUAUUAGGACUCCUAAAAGUGGGACUGUCUCUCUCUUCUGGGAAAAGGAAAGAAAAUGCAAAGCAAGAGCAACCCAUUUUUGUUUGGUUAUUUCUGUUGAUUUUGACUGA